AUGCCAUCGAAACUACACCAGGACUCUCCAAAAUGGAGAAGCGUUAUUCUCUGUGGAGAUGAAGACUACCUCGAAAGCGUCCGUUCGUACAGAUCUGGUGGCCAUCACCCAGUGCACAUCAACGAUCGCCUGGACGGCGCAAGAUAUCGUGUGCUUCACAAAUUCGGCUACGGUGGGUCUUCUACAGUGUGGUUAUGUCAAGAUAACAUAUAUCGGACCCCGACGUAUGUGGCGAUCAAGAUCCUCAUCGCGCUUCGAAACGAGGCAAACUGCCGCGAGCUGCACAUGGCUCAGCACCUGCGGGCGCUCGGUGUCGACAAGCAACCAGGAGCACAUCUUCUUUGCUUUCCGCUUCGAGAUUUCCGACAGACGGGUCCAAAUGGAACACACAUUUGCAUUGUGUAUCCUGUUUUGGGACCGCCUCUCGAUUUAGCCAGGGAGACUUUUGAGGACCAUUUCAAUCAAGACGACUGCGCCAGGAUCGUUCGAGGACUGGUGUAUGAAAUCGUUGGGAAACCAGAGACUGUGAAAGUGGUAGUCAAGGACCUCUCGGGUGAGCAUGUGUUAUGUCCCGACAUCCCUCAAUAUUUGGUCCACUCAAUCGACUUUAUCGAGCCCCAUCAUCUCUCAGGUCAGAUUAGCAUCACGGACUUUGGAGAAUCAUUCAAUCAUUGCACCGAAGGGGAGCGCCUGACUGGGAUACCACGGGCGUAUUGUGCCCCGGAGCUCGUCUUCGACAAGAAAGGUGGCCUGGCUGCCGAUCUGUGGGCCUUGGGUUGUUUAGCCUUUGAAGCGCGCACCGGCAAGAAGAUGAUCUGGCCAGCUGAUCUCCUCGGCCCAAACGACCGAGAAUACCUCAUGCACGUCAUCUUACUUCUCGGAAGGUUACCGGACAAGUGGUGGGACACCGUGGAAAACCGUGACGCAAUCAUCGUGCGCAGCGAUGGAGGCACGCACAGUCGACUCGAGCUACGAAUGGAGAAGUGGGGCAAUCCCGAGGAAGAAAGAUCGAUUGAUGCCAAAAUCAGGGCCAGUUGUUAUCGCAAUACGCAACUCGACAGAAAUAUCAAGAUUUUGGACAUCUCCGAGGCGGAAGUUGAAGUAAUGUCGAAGCUCCUGGAACAACUGCUGCAGUACGAGCCAGAAAAACGCUUGGCCGCUCAGGACGCAGUCAAUCACGAAUGGUUUCGGAUGUGA